UUUGUAUAAAGAAGACAGUCUGUCGACAAGUAAAGUAGUCUCAACUCUCAAGUACCAUAUGACAACUGACUUAUAAUAUAUAACAAUUACUAUUCAGUUUUAAAAAAUCUAGUUUUUCAGAUCACGUUAACAGUUUUGAGUUCAGUAGACUUGAUUGCUUUUGUAAUUUUUAAGAUUUCUUUUUAUUUAUUGUAAACGAUUUUACAAAUAUAUAUAUGUAUAUGUUAAUUGAAAGAUAAACAAUUCAAACAAUCCUAUAUUUUUGACUUCAAAAGGGAUACUAAAAGGGAAAAGUAUCUUAGCAAUGGCGGGUAAUUUUUGGCAAAGUUCACAUCAUCAGCAAUGGAUGUUAGACAAGCAAGACCUUAUUCGCGAUCGCCAACAUGAUCUAUCAAAAUUAACAGACGAAGAAUACCAAAAAAUAUUUAAUUUUUUCGCAAGUAUUAUCCAAGUUUUAGGGGAACAACUCAAACUUCGCCAGCAAGUGAUAGCCACAGCCACUGUUUACUUUAAAAGAUUUUACGCAAGAAAUUCUCUGAAGUGUAUAGAUCCCUUGCUAUUAGCCCCUACAUGUGUGUUUCUAGCAUCUAAAGUUGAGGAAUUUGGUGUUAUUUCUAACUCACGAUUAAUAACGACAUGCCAAACUGUUAUUAAAAAUAAAUUCAGUUAUGCAUAUGGACAGCAAGAGUUUCCUUAUAGAACUAAUCAUAUUCUAGAAUGUGAAUUUUAUUUGUUAGAGAACUUGGAUUGUUGUUUGAUUGUCUACCAACCAUACCGACCAUUGUUGCUGUUUGUACAAGAUAUAGGUCAAGAUGAUCAACUAUCAACAUAUGCUUGGAGAGUUGUUAAUGACUCCCUUCGCACCGAUGUUAGUUUGCUAUAUCCACCAUACCAGAUUGCCAUUGGAGCUUUACAUAUUGCUUGUGUUAUGCUCGGUAAAGAAAACUUAAAACCUUGGUUUGCGGAACUUAAUGUAGACAUGGACAAGAUACAAGAAAUUGUAAGAGCCAUAAUUAAUUUAUAUGAGAUGUGGAAAAACUAUGAUGAGAAAAAGGAAAUUCAAGCACUCCUUGGAAAAAUGCCAAAACCAUCUCCUGCUCCACAGAGAUAAUGCUUAACAAUUAAGAUUAGAAUCAAUAUAUGUAUUAGUAAGAAAAAUAUAAAUGAGAUUAUACCUAAAAGCUUGGUCACUAAAUCUUAUUAAAGUAUAUUUUCAAUUUAUUGGUAUAAGUAUAAUUGUGUUAUCUUAGAAAAAAAAUUUAAAUAUCAGAUAAUCAGCAUAACAUACACAUAAAACCCACAUUUCAUUAAUAAAUAUUACUGAUUUUUUGUAAAUAAAAGGCUACCAAGUAAAGCCGCUAACCACAGACAAGAAAUAAAUUAAACAAUUUUAUCUAAAGUAAUAAAUAAACACAGAUUGUAAAACCUUGCAUUUAUUGGUUGAAUAUGUACUGCAGGAGUAUUUUGUGUAUAAUAUAAGCAUAGUAAGUAGACUAAUAGAAUAAUUGACUAGUCAUGGUUAAUAAAAUCAUGAUAUAAAUGGUAAAAAAUAUUUUUUGGUAUAUGUAAUGAAAGUAAAAGAGUCCUCAAAAAUCAAAUAAAAGACUGCCUUUUAAUAAAGUAUUUGAAAUUUA